AUGCUUUACAACUUCUUAUGUGGUGUUAACUCACCAACUUACAUGAGAUUGGCAACUAUGACGAUCUGGCGGAUAAGAGAUCAUAGGAAGAUAUGGAACAACGACGACGUAGUAAGCCACUUGGUCAAAGAAGUUGGAUUUACAGAUAUCCGAAGACUUUCCAAAUUACAUUUACUGCAUUGUUCUUGGGAGUAUUCUUUUCGAAACCGAUUUACGACAUAUUUUUCAGGAAGAGGGAACCCAUUGAUAUAUCUGAACCUCCGACGACAUAUAAUCGUAAAAGACAAGUCGUAG